CCCGCGCCGCCCCCCGGCCUCGCCCCUCCGAAGCGGCCCGGUGCCAGCCCGGGGGCUAUGCCAUCUGGACAUGUAACCGGCAGCGCAGACGUCCACGCGUGAACCAUGGAGCCGCUGACUUGCGGGCUGUGGUCGGGCUGAGCCUCUUGCUGGCCGCCGGGACCCCCCAGCCCAGCGCACGGACAGGCAGUGUGUGCUGGCACGGAGAAUAAGCUGAGCUCUCUCUCUGACCUGGAACAACAAUAUCGUGCCUUGAGGAAAUACUAUGAAAACUGUGAGGUAGUCAUGGGCAACUUGGAGAUAACCAGCAUCGAGCAUAGCCGUGAUCUCUCCUUCUUACGGUCCAUCCGAGAAGUCACAGGGUACGUCUUAGUGGCCCUAAAUCAGUUUCGUCAUCUCCCUCUGGAGAAUCUCCGUAUCAUUCGAGGAACAAAGCUCUAUGAGGAUCGAUAUGCUCUGGCGAUCUUUCUCAACUACAGGAAAGAUGGGAACUUUGGCCUCCAAGAACUAGGCCUCAAGAACUUGACUGAAAUCCUAAACGGAGGUGUGUACGUGGACCAGAACAAAUUCCUGUGCUAUGCAGACACCAUUCACUGGCAGGACAUUGUACGCAACCCUUGGCCUUCCAACCUGACUCUGGUUGCCACCAAUGGCAGCUCGGGAUGUGGGCGCUGCCACAAAUCCUGCACUGGACGCUGCUGGGGUCCUACUGAGAUGCAUUGCCAGAGCUUAACCAAGACGGUGUGCGCGGAGCAAUGCGAUGGGAGAUGCUACGGCCCGUAUGUCAGCGACUGCUGCCACCGCGAGUGUGCUGGAGGCUGCUCAGGACCUAAAGACACCGACUGCUUUGCCUGCAUGAAUUUCAAUGACAGUGGGGCAUGUGUAACUCAAUGCCCACAAACCUUUGUCUACAAUCCAACCACCUUCCAACUGGAGCACAACUUCAAUGCCAAGUACACCUAUGGAGCAUUCUGUGUCAAGAAGUGUCCACACAACUUUGUGGUGGAUUCCAGCUCCUGUGUCCGUGCCUGUCCCAGUUCCAAGAUGGAAGUUGAAGAAAAUGGAAUUAAAAUGUGUAAACCCUGCACUGAUAUUUGUCCAAAAGCAUGUGAUGGUAUUGGCACCGGGACCUUGACUUCAGCUCAAACAGUGGACUCCAGUAACAUUGACAAAUUCAUUAACUGCACCAAGAUCAAUGGAAACCUUAUCUUCCUGGUCACUGGAAUUCAUGGAGACCCCUACAAUGCAAUCAAAGCAAUGGAUCCAGAGAAAUUGAACAUCUUUCGAACUGUUAGAGAAAUUACAGGUUUCUUGAAUAUCCAAUCAUGGCCCCCAAAUAUGACUGAUUUCAGUGUCUUUUCCAACCUGGUCACCAUUGGUGGAAGAGUUCUAUACAGCGGCCUCUCCUUGCUUAUCCUUAAGCAACAGAGUAUCACCUCUCUGCAGUUCCAGUCACUGAAAGAAAUCAGCGCAGGCAAUAUCUACAUAACAGACAACACCAACUUGUGCUAUUACCAUACUGUUAACUGGACUACCCUCUUCAGCACAAUCAACCAGAGAAUAGUGAUCCGUGACAAUCGGAAGGCAGAGAACUGCACUGCAGAGGGCAUGGUGUGUAAUGCUUUGUGUUCGACUGACGGCUGCUGGGGACCAGGAGCAGAUCAGUGUCUCUCUUGCAGACGUUUCAGCAGGGGCAGGACCUGUAUAGAUUCCUGUAAUCUCUAUGAUGGUGAAUUUCGGGAGUAUGUGAAUGGCUCCAUCUGUGUGGAAUGUGAUCCCCAAUGCGAGAAGAUGGAGGACGGACUCCGGACUUGCCACGGGCAGGGGCCAGACAACUGUACCAAGUGCUCUCACUUCAAGGAUGGGCCAAAUUGUGUGGAAAAAUGCCCAGAUGGUCUUCAGGGGGCAAACAGCUUCAUUUUCAAGUAUGCAGACCAGGAUCGGGAGUGCCACCCAUGCCAUCCAAACUGCACCCAGGGGUGUGGCGGCCCCACUAGCCAUGACUGCAUUUACUACCCUUGGAUGGGCCAUUCCACGUUACCUCAGCAUGCUAGGACACCCCUGAUUGCAGCUGGUGUGAUUGGUGGAUUAUUCAUCCUGGUCAUCGCGGCACUGACUUUUGCAGUUUAUGUUCGGCGGAAGAGUAUUAAGAAGAAGAGAGCACUGAGGAGAUUCCUGGAGACUGAGUUGGUGGAACCCUUGACCCCAAGUGGUACUGCUCCCAACCAGGCCCAGCUGCGCAUUUUGAAAGAAACGGAGCUGAAGAGAGUCAAGGUGCUGGGCUCAGGGGCCUUCGGAACUGUGUAUAAAGGAAUUUGGGUACCAGAGGGAGAGACGGUAAAGAUUCCCGUGGCUAUAAAGAUCCUUAAUGAAACAACUGGACCCAAAGCGAAUGUAGAGUUCAUGGAUGAAGCUCUGAUAAUGGCAACUAUGGACCACCCACACUUGGUGAGGUUAUUGGGAGUUUCCCUGAGCCCAACCAUCCAGCUGGUCACCCAGCUCAUGCCUCAUGGAUGUCUGCUGGAUUAUGUUCAUGAACAUAAGGAUAAUAUUGGUUCCCAACUCCUACUGAACUGGUGUGUCCAGAUUGCUAAGGGUAUGAUGUAUCUGGAAGAAAGACGUCUGGUUCAUAGAGACCUGGCGGCCCGGAAUGUCCUGGUGAAAUCUCCAAACCAUGUGAAGAUCACUGACUUUGGCUUGGCCAGGCUCUUAGAAGGGGAUGAGAAAGAGUAUAAUGCUGAUGGGGGAAAGAUGCCAAUUAAAUGGAUGGCUCUAGAGUGCAUUCACUAUAGGAAAUUCACCCAUCAGAGUGAUGUUUGGAGCUAUGGAGUCACGAUUUGGGAACUCAUGACUUUUGGAGGGAAGCCAUAUGAUGGAAUUCCAACUCGUGAAAUCCCAGAUUUACUGGAGAAGGGGGAGCGCUUGCCACAACCUCCCAUCUGCACCAUCGAUGUCUACAUGGUUAUGGUCAAAUGUUGGAUGAUUGAUGCCGACAGUCGACCAAAAUUCAAGGAACUCGCUGCGGAAUUUUCCAGAAUGGCUCGCGACCCUCAGCGGUACCUGGUCAUUCAGGGUGACGAUCGGAUGAAGCUGCCUAGUCCCAAUGACAGCAAGUUCUUUCAGAACUUGCUGGAUGAAGAGGACCUGGAAGACAUGAUGGAUGCUGAGGAAUAUCUGGUUCCACAAGCUUUCAACAUCCCACCGCCGAUCUACACCUCCAGAACAAGAAUUGACUCCAACAGGAGUGAAAUUGGACACAGCCCACCUCCUGCCUACACCCCUAUGUCAGGAAACCAGUUUGUGUAUCGAGAUGGAGGCUUUGUCGCAGAGCAAGGAGUGUCUAUGCCAUACAGAACCACUACCAGCGUUCUUCCGGAAGCUCCGGCCACACAGGGUGCUACAGCCGAGAUCUGCGAGGAUCCCUGUUGCAACGGUACUCUGCGCAAACCAGUAGCUCCCACCACCCAAGAUGACAGCAGCACCCAGAGAUACAGCGCAGACCCCACGGUGUUUGUGGCAGAACGGGCCCCCAAGGGAGAGUUAGAUGAAGAAGGAUACAUGACUCCGAUGCGGGACAAAGUGAAACCAGAUUACCUGAACCCCGUGGAAGAGAAUCCUUUCGUCUCCCGGAGAAAGAACGGCGAGCUCCAGGCCUUGGACAACCCCGAAUAUCACAACACCCACAAGGAGCAAGCCAAGGCAGAGGAUGAGUAUGUGAAUGAGCCACUGUACCUCAACACCUUCGCCAACACCUUAGGGAACGCCGAGUACCUGAAGAGCAAUGGGCUGUCCGUCUCGGAAAAAGCCAAGAAAGCCUUUGACAACCCCGAUUACUGGAACCACAGCCUGCCGCCUCGGAGCACGCUCCAGCACCCAGACUACCUGCAGGAAUACAGCACAAAGUACUUUUACAAACAGAACGGACGCAUCCGGCCCACCGUGGCGGAGAAUCCAGAGUACCUCGCAGAGUUCUCCCUGAAGCCAGGCACCAUGCUGCCUCCUCCUCCCUACAGACACCGAAACACCGUGGUGUAGGCCCAGCAACGCCACGCAAGUGGCGGGAUCCCCUCCUCCCACCCCUCUCCUUUUCUUUCUCCCUCCUGUAGCCUCCUCCACCCACCCCACCCCUCACAUGAAGAUGUCCCAAUGGAGAACGUCCAAGAUGCCAUGGAAGUCAUGUGUGUGUGGUCCUCAUUUGGGACUGAGAAAGUGAGAAAGGAUGAGAGAAAGAAAGGAAGGAAUGAAGGAAGGGCUCCACUGGCAUUUCUCUCUUUCUCCGGAUGAGGGCCAGUCAAAGCAGGGCUAGCCAGUAAAGGGCCAGCAAAUGCGAGUGGCAGUGUUGCCCACUGUCAAAACAGUUCUUGAAUUGUAAGCUCCAGAGCUGUAGGGGAAGUCCCAAGAUGCCCGUUUCUAGUACCAGGAACUGAUGAGGUCCUAUUCAGCAUUCCUGGAAAUCAUAAUGCAGUUUCCAUUAGGGAAAGGACAAUUUUUAUAUCACAUCUGAUAGUGUAAUAAUUGAGACUGAGAAUCCAAUUACUUUCUGUAACAAUUUCUAUCCUGCAACUGAAAAUGACUAACCCGGCUUUCAUAACUGCUUGAUACUCCAUCAGGACUCUGAGAAAUAGCUAGGAUGUGACUUUUGUCUCUGGCCAAGUCCCUCACCUUAGCCCUUCUGAUCACUUCAGUUUGCUUUUCUCAUUGCAGAUAGCUGACAUCAAAGCUUUUGGCUAUGACAUUAGCAUUUGUAUAUGUCAAUUAUCCAGGUGCUCUAAAUGAAAAGUACUUUUAGUUCAUCAAAAAGGCUCCCACCGUAGAGGUGUGGUUUUUGGAAAUUUUAAGGGAGGCUAAGACAAAUAUUUCUAAA